CCGGCGGCGGCGGUGGCGGCGGCAUGGCCGUGUGGACCCGGGCUUGUAAAACGGGGCUGCUGGAGCUGCUCCUCCGGGAACGUUGGGUCCGCGUGUCGGCGGAACUGACCGGGGAGACCCUGAGCUUAACGGCGGAACCGGGGGCCGGGGAUGCGUCGGUGGUGAACGGCGUGGUGAACGGCAACGCGGAGGCGGCGGCGGCGGCGGCAGCGGCACCCGGUUGCGUGAGGAGGGUGCGGGUGGUGAAAGCGGAGGCGGGAGGGCUCGGGAUCAGCAUUAAGGGAGGUCGGGAGAAUCGGAUGCCGGUGCUGAUCUCACGGAUCUUCCCGGGAUUGGCGGCGGAGAGGAGCGGAGCGCUCCGGUUAGGCGACGCCAUCCUCGCCGUGAACGGCGUCGAUCUCCGCGAUGCCACCCACGAUCAAGCCGUGCAGGCGCUGAAGAGAGCCGGCAGAGAGGUCAUCCUCGAAGGUAACGCCUAAACGCCCCUCCUCUCCCCCUCGAAUCCCCCGUACGGGCCCCCGGUGCUACCCUGUCCCCCCGGUGCUCCCCCCGCCGUUAUCGAGUCCCAACACACCCCCUUGCCGCUGUCACCGGGCUCCCCGACCGCCCUUGGGCCCCUUUUCCGGGUGCGGGACGCCACUCCCCCCACCCCAGAGUCCCGG